AACAAACAUUCCGUCGCUUUGAAAACAAACACAAGAAAUCGACUGUGGCAGAAUAACAGCUUAGAACUUCAAAGGAAUGUUUAAGGUAAUCUGAUAUUAUAACCUUUGCUUCAACGCACAGGAGGCUUGGAGCUUUGUUGUCGGACAAAAGAAUAUCCGUAAACGAGAGACAAGGCUGAGGCUUGGCGUGCUUGUGCCUGUGGAGGUGGGUACAUUCGUGCAUGUACCCUGCCUAUUGGAUGAUCAGCAGGUACCUCCUAAGCACGGUUCCGGCCUCUCCGCCUGAUUACUCGACGACUCCGGCGAUAAGCUGCCUCCCCGCACUACGGUUAUAUCUUAUCGACAGCUCUACCUGCAGCCUGUCUUCGACUCCAACAUCUCAUAAUAUUCUUUCAGAACCAUCCUACUUUACUCCUUUUUCAUACUUCUUUCAGAUAUCAAAGCCUUUAAGGCUGGGGCGACAAGUCUGAUCAGCACCAUGGCGCUUCAAUACGCCCCGUUCCAGUCUGAGAUCGAACUCCCCUUUUACUCAGCUCUCGCAAACCUCAAGAUCGACCAUGACCGUCUUGAUGUGUCGGCUCGCCAGCUUCUGGGUCUGUACGGAGCACCUAUUAAUCUCACCUCUCGGACAAACUGCCAGAUGCAGAUACUGGGAAAUGCGCUGAGCAGCUCAUCGGUUCCUGCCGGCUUGGUUCGCGCCGAAGGCAUCAUUAGGAAUGUCAAUACCAUUGAGGAAUUCAAGAACGCUGACAAGAAUGCGAUCAUCAACACUGCGGGAAAGCAGAUCUGGGAUGCGAUACAAGAUGGAACCAUUUACUCCCUCCCAUCCCUACUCUCAUCCUUCACUAUACUGUCGUUUGCGGACCUAAAGAAAUACCGGUUCACGACCUGGUCAGGAUUCCCAGCUCUCCACUCAGACCCCGUCUGGACACAGUCUGCACCAAUAGACCGACUUGACGGGCGCGAGACGACAGCCCUUGUCGACGAGGUCGGCACAUGGAGAUACAGCGUUGACCCAAGAGAGCACGGCUUCUUUUUGGCUAAGAAGGUGUACAACUCUGAUAAACCGCAAGCAGACGAGGAGGGGGAAACCAAACCGGACGAGCGCACCUCCAUCGAUGACGAUAUAGGCUAUAACUGGAAAAUCGGCUCCCUCCAUGCAUUCGAGACGGGAUUCUUUCGGGAUGUGGAUGCUAAAGAUCAAUUUAUUGCGUUCGCAGAUCCGUCCACAUAUCCACAGAACCCCGGGUGGAUGUUACGAAACCUUUUGGUCUUGGUUAGGCAGCGUUACAAGCUAGACAACGUCCGCAUCAUGUGUUUCAGGGACGUCCAAUCCAAGCGGCACGAAGCACGAAGCAUCAUCCUCAACCUCAGUUCGACAUCUUCUGUCGGGAAAGACGAAACUACCCCGCCAGCGGUAGCUAAAAUGCCCAAAGUAACAGGAUGGGAGCGAAACAGCCACGGGAAGCUAUCAUCCAGGCUGACAGACCUAUCCCAGUACAUGGACCCGCGACUGCUUGCGGAUCAGUCAGUCGACCUUAACCUAAAGCUCAUGAAAUGGCGCAUCGCGCCGAACCUAAACCUCACAAAAAUCAGCCAAACGAAGUGUCUCCUCAUUGGAGCUGGCACACUCGGCAGCUACGUAUCACGGAACUUGCUGGGCUGGGGUGUGCGUAAAAUCACCUUCGUCGACAAUGGAACCGUCUCAUUCUCAAAUCCCGUCCGCCAACCUCUAUUCACCUACCAAGACUGCCUUGGAGGAGGAGGGAAGAAGGCAGAACUAGCCGCGAAGGCCCUGCAGGACAUAUACCCUGGAGUAGACAGCACUGGACAUGUCAUCUCGGUCCCCAUGCUCGGACACCCCGUUACGGACGAGGCCAAGGCAAAGCGCGAUUUCGAGACCUUGAAGAAACUUAUCGACGAGCACGAUGCCAUAUUUUUACUUAUGGACACUCGCGAGAGCCGAUGGCUGCCAACUCUGAUGGGCAAGGCAACUGGAAAGAUCGUAAUGAAUGCCGCUCUUGGCUUCGACACAUACGUCGUCAUGAGGCAUGGGAUGACGCCUCCCGACGGAGCCCAAGCAGCCCUUGGCUGCUAUUUCUGCAAUGAUGUCGUGGCCCCAGCAGAUUCAGUAAAGGACCAAACUCUCGACCAGCAAUGCACAGUCACACGCCCCGGAAUAGCAGCCAUCGCAUCAGCACAGCUCGUUGAGCUUCUAGCAUCCAUCCUACAACAUCCCCUCGGCGGCCUUGCCCCCGCCCCUAAGCCUGUGCAGCCCUCCGGAUCAGGCCCAGUUACAUACGAGCGCGACCCCCCCGAACACCCUCUGGGCAUCGUACCCCACCAGAUCCGCGGCUUCCUCGCGAGCUGGCAGAACAUGCUUAUCAGCGGGCAAUCCUACGACUGCUGCUCAGCAUGCUCCGCCAAAGUCGUGGACGCGUAUGAGAAGGACGGGUGGGACUUUGUUAAGAAGGCAUUGGCGGAGCGGGACUACAUUACCGAGUUGAGCGGGUUGGCGGAGGUGCAGAGGGCGGCGGAGGCGGCGGGUGGGGAUAUUGAUUGGGAUAGUGAGGGGGGAGGCGAGGAGGAGGGUGAGGGGGAACUUCUUUGAUAUUGUCAAUACCCAAGGCUUACAUGAAAUAACGUCUUUGCGAGCAGUUUGGUUUGAGAAUGGGAAAGUUAGAUGGAACGUUUCGCGAUUUUUACGUGUUUUGAAGUAUUUUGUCUUUGCAAACUGGAGUAAGGUACAGAAGGAGGUGUAUUCUGCAUAUGGGAGAUGGGGUUGGCUAUGUUUGUCACGUAUAGUUCUGUUGUACUUGUUUUAUUAUCAACAGUAGCAAUUGAAUUUCAACACACGUAUAUAUGAGAG